UUUAGCGCUGUCUCCCGAUUGAUUUUUUUAUUCCAUACGAUCUCACACCGGCCGCGUUUCAAACAUAUAAAACACACACGAAUUUUUAUAAAUAUAACCACGGCCGAACGCGCGUUUGUUAAAAAUAAAUUGACAUAUAUAACCUAUUUAUUUAUUAUGUGCUAGUGAAGUUUUCUAAUGUGUUCCAUCAUUCCAUUUUUGAAAUAGAUGGGAGAUCCUAAACAUGAAAUAAAUUGAAGCAACUCAACCUCCACUACUACUCCACACUACGUGAAGCGCACACGCACGGGUUCAUGCCAGCCAGGGUCGACUGAUAGAUAUUAUAAUCACGGAUAUAAAAUGGCGUCAUGUCUGCACUUCCCGCGGCAAGACUAUGUGCCGGUUGCCGAUUUUUAUGCGGAGAAAUCGAUUUUUGUCACUGGCGGCACGGGGUUUAUGGGAAAAGUAUUAGUAGAAAAAUUACUACGAAGUUGUCCAAAAAUCAAAAACAUAUAUCUAUUGAUGCGACCGAAGAAGGGGCAAGAUGUUACCUCACGGCUCAGCGAACUCACACAGUCACCGUUAUUCGAAACGUUGAGAAGGGAACGCCCAAACGAGUUGAGUAAAAUAGUGCCAAUAGUCGGUGAUAUCACUGAACCACAGCUGGGAAUCAGUACAGCCGACCAGGAUAUGCUCUGCCGGGAGGUGUCCGUGGUAUUCCAUUCGGCGGCCACAGUGAAGUUCGACGAAAAGCUGAAACUGUCCGUCACCAUCAACAUGCUGGGGACGCAGCAGCUGGUGCAGCUGUGCCAUCGCAUGGUCGGCCUGGAGGCGUUAGUCCACGUAUCGACCGCGUACUGCAACUGCGAGAAGGAGUCCGUCGGGGAGAUGGUGUACCCGCCGCCUGCGCACCCGGAGCACGUGGUGACGCUUGUGCAGACGCUGCCCGAUGAGCUGGUGGACAGGAUCACGCCGGACCUCGUCGGUGACAGACCGAACACAUACACGUUUACGAAGGCCCUAGCGGAGGACAUGCUGAUACGGGAGUGCGGCAACCUGCCCGUGGCCAUCGUGAGGCCGUCGAUCGUGCUAUCCUCUCUAAAAGAGCCCGUCAAAGGCUGGGUGGACAACUGGAACGGUCCGAACGGCAUCAUAGCGGCCGUCGGCAAGGGCCUCUUCCGGACCAUGCUCGGGUCGGGCGCGCGCGUCGCUGACCUCGUGCCUGUCGACACCGUCAUCAACCUGAUGAUCGUGUGCGCGUGGCGGACGCAUCAGAAGCGAGGCGAAGGUGUUGUAGUCUACAAUUGCUGCACGGGCCAACAGAAUCCCAUCACGUGGAGUCAUUUUGUGCGGACCUGUUUCAAAUAUAUGAGAAAACAUCCCUUCAGCGACCUGUUCUGGUACCCGGACGGCGACAUCACCAGCAACCGGCUGAAGCACGCGGCGCUCGCGCUGCUGCAGCACCGCGCGCCCGCCGCCGCGCUCGACGCGCUCGCCACCGCCGCCGGCAGGAAGCCCACCAUGAUCCGCGUGCAGAACAAGCUGGAGAAGGCGUCCGCGUGCCUGGAGUACUUCACAACGCGCCAGUGGGCGUUCGCGGACGGCAACGUGCGCGCGCUGUGCGCCGCGCUGGCGCCGCGCGACCGCGCCGCCUUCGACUUCGACGUGAGCGCCAUCGACUGGGACAAGUACAUCGAGUCGUACGUGCUCGGCAUCCGCUGCUUCCUGUUCAAGGAGAGCCCCGACACGCUGCCGAGGAGCCGCAAGGUGCUGAGGAGGUUGCACAUAGUGCACACGCUGGUGCAGGUGGCGCUGGCGCUGCUCGCGUGGCGCUUCCUGUUCCGGCGCUCGCGGGCGCUGCGCGCGCUGUGGGCGCACGUGUGCGCGGCGCUGUGGCGGCUGGCGCGGCUCGCGCGGCUCGACCGCCUCGCGCACCUGCUGCCGCGCGACUGA